GUUUGAGUGUUCAUUGAGUGAGUGUUUGACUGUUUGGUGAAACUGUACUCAAAAACAAUGCAUUGAAUGCGAGACUUUCACCCAAAACACAAUCGACUGAUGAUUGGGUUAAAUAUGAGUGAAUCGGGCAUUCAUUUGACACCUAUUUGUAUGACAUCUCACUGUUUAGUCAAUAAUUAACUCAUUUUUCAUAUGAUUUACUCGUAUUUCGACACAUCUAUCACACUAUCACUGAGUGAAUGCCUGUAAUGACAAUAGUGUUGAUCGGAGUGAAUGAGUGAUGAUAUGAUGUCUGAAGACACGACUCUUCGCAACCAAACAAACCAAACGCCAAAUGAGAUUGAGUUGAAUGAGAAGCGAAGACCGCCGCCAAUACUGGUGCCCAUCGAUGUCUCGGACGGCAGUCAGACGUCGGGCCCGAAGACGCCACAAACGCCGGGCCCGUCUUCGGCCGACCGCAAGAAAGUGGACAAAGAGAGGAAGAUUGGGCACCGGAGGGUCGAUGAGGAGGGACAGGUGACCUACAAGAAGAUCCAGACCACGCAGAUCAUGGGCUCCAUUCAGUUGGGUAUCGGACACGCGGUCGGAUCGCUCGCAUCCAAGCCCGAGAGGGAUCUGCUGAUGAAGGACUUCAUGGAGUUGGAGACCGUGUCGUUCACCAAAGACGGCUCCAACACCACUCCCGCCCACCACUACUCGGACUUCAAGUUCAAAGUGUACGCUCCCAUCGCUUUCAGAUACUUUCGCGACCUCUUCGGCAUACAGCCCGACGACUUCCUGCUGUCCGUCUGCAACGAGCCCCUCCGCGAGCUCUCCAAUCCGGGCGCUUCCGGCUCUGUCUUCUAUCUCACAGAUGACGACAAUUUCAUCAUAAAGACUGUUCAGCACAAAGAGGCCGAGUUUCUGCUCAAACUAUUGCCCGGAUAUUAUAUGAACCUAAACCAGAAUCCGCGGACACUUUUACCCAAAUUCUUCGGACAGUACUGUUAUAUCUGCGGCGGAAAGAAUGUGCGGAUUAUUGUCAUGAAUAAUCUGUUACCGAGUUAUGUGACAAUGCAUCAGAAGUACGACUUGAAGGGAUCGACGUAUAAACGGAAAGCCAAUAAAUACGAGCGCAAGAAAGGGUCGCCCACUUAUAAGGACUUGGAUUUCAUGGAACACCACUCGGAGGGCCUGUUCCUCGAGGCCGACACUUAUAACGCUCUCAUUAAGACAAUGCAAAGAGACUGUCGAGUGUUGGAGAGCUUCAAGAUAAUGGAUUACAGUCUUUUGGUGGGCGUUCAUAAUCUGGAUGUGGCGGCGAUGCAGAAGUUGGAGAAACUGAAGGCUCAGUCGUCCACUUUGGCAGAGGCGGCCGCAUAUGAGGCCAGAAUCAGGAGCGCACGAGAAGGCGGUGACCAAACAGAUCUCGACGACUAUCGAGACCACAGAGACUUUAGUGAUAUUAAUAGAGCUAAUGAUGUAAAUAAAGGGAAUGCCGUUAAUUUAAGCCGAAGUAAAUCCAUUAAUAAGCAAAGGAUAGCCGCCUAUUCCACUGCACUCGAGUCGAUUCAAGCAGACAUCGAACCGAUAGAUCCAGAGGAAGAUAUUCCUGCCGGUGGCAUCCCAGCCCGCAAUUCAAAGGGAGAGCGUCUGCUACUAUACAUCGGAAUCAUUGAUAUUCUGCAGAGCUAUCGGUUGAUGAAGAAGGUGGAGCACACGUGGAAGUCAUUCCUUCACGAUGGGGACUCGAUAUCAGUACAUAAUCCCGGAUUUUAUGCCCAAAGAUUUUUAGAUUUUAUGUCCAAAAAUGUCUUCAGAAAAAUUCCUUCACUUGAUUUGCCUGAAAUCAAAGGCCCUCAUCGUAAGUUCCGAACCCUGGUCUCCACUUACAUUGGUAUGGCGCUAAAGCACUCGCCAUCCAAACGUAAAAUGCAAGCGCCUGUCCGUCAGAGACCGCCGUCUAUUGGCGACUCCGAUGCCGACGCUCUCAAAGAAUAUCAUCAUGCCAAUACUAGUCGUAUAGUCAACAACCCAUUGCCAACGGGAGGACCGGUACACAAGUUUCGCUACUCAUCAGAAGCUGCUCCCAGUCUGCGGACGGUUGUCAUAAAACAAGCGGCGAGUAAACAGUCAGUGGCUCUGCCAGAGAGGGGCGAAAUUGGAACGCCUUCUAUUACAGAGUCCAGUGAAAGCGGAGAUAUCGCCUGUCCGACGACACCAAUUAGGAGCAGAAGUUCAACGCGUUAUUCGCGUUCGAGUGACUGUUCGGAUACCGCGGCCGACAUUGCAAACGAUGGAGAAGUGUCCAAAGCCUCCAAAGCCCCCAACACUGCAGUUAUCACUACCACUUCCACAACCAACACAUCUCUGAGUCCAAUCGCUGAAGACAACUGAGAACUCGAGCGACUCGUCAGUUCUUAUGAUAGACUUCGUAGAAACAAAAUUAUGGGUUAAAGACAAUCAAAUUAAAUCUCAUGGAAUCAAAACAUUCAUUAAUUAUUUUAUUAUUAAAGCAUCCAAUCGUCGAUACAAUGCCAUCAAAAAGCAC